CAAGUCAAUAGUAAAUGGGACGCCGCAUAAUGAAGUAUGUAUGCGCCAGCCAACAAAGACCUAACAAGUAGCAACACCUCUCUUUCCAAAUCUCAUACAUUACCCAACCCAAAACACCAAUAUAAUAAUAAUAAUAAUAAUAAUAAUAAUACUGAUUAAACAAGUUGUAUUAGCAGGAGGAAAAGCAUUUUAUUGACCAUUUGGUCGGUGCUUUUUCUCCAAGAAACUUAUGCAAUUUGAAUAUUCCUUUCAAAGUACUUAUUCAGAGUCCCAUUUUCCAAUUUAUUUUGCAACAUUUGGUACUGUCCUCCUGAAAAAAUUAAUGAGUCGUUGUUAGGGUUUUAAGCAGUUGUAUUUUUGUUCUAAUUUUUGAGGAGCUUCUAAAAUGGAGGUUGCUGGAUCUAGAAGGAAUUCUUUUGCCCAAACAGAGAUUAACUGGGACAAGCUUGAUAAGACUAAGUUCUAUGUCGUAGGAGCUGGGAUAUUUACAGGGCUUACUGUUGCACUGUACCCCAUUUCAGUUAUCAAGACUAGAAUGCAGGUCGCAACCAAUAAUGCUGCAAAAGACAGUGCAUUUUCUGUUAUUAGGGGCCUUGUACGAAACGAUGGUGUUCCCGGUUUAUAUAGAGGUUUUGGAACUGUCAUUACAGGGGCGGUUCCUGCCAGGAUUAUAUUUCUCACAGCACUAGAGACCACUAAGGUGGCUGCAUUUAAGAUGGUUGAACCAUUCAAGCUAUCAGAACCUGUACAGGCAGCUAUAGCAAAUGGUGCUGCUGGCAUGCUGGCGUCUCUUUGUGCACAAUCUGUCUUUGUUCCAAUUGACAUAGUUAGUCAAAGGUUAAUGGUGCAAGGAUACUCAGGACAUGCAAGCUACAAUGGAGGCUUGGAUGUUGCUCGCAAAGUUCUAAAGUCUGAAGGUAUUCGUGGACUAUACAGAGGAUUCAGUCUAUCUGUUCUAACAUACUCUCCGUCCAGUGCUGUAUGGUGGGCAAGUUAUGGUUCGAGCCAGCGCUUCAUAUGGAGCAGGCUCUUGGAUAAUGGAACUGAGCAUGGUGGGCCUGCACCCAGCCAGGGGAAAAUAGUGGCAGUUCAAGCUGCUGGUGGGAUCAUUGCAGGUGCUACUGCAUCUUGCAUAACAACUCCAUUGGACACCAUUAAAACUCGAUUGCAGGUGAUGGGACACGACAAGAGACCUACUGCACGUCAAGUAGUUAAGCAGUUAAUUGUUGAGGAUGGUUGGACAGGAUUUUAUAGGGGACUAGGUCCAAGAUUUGUCAGCAUGUCAGCAUGGGGAACCUCCAUGAUACUUGCCUAUGAAUAUCUCAAGCGCUUGUGUUCAGUAAACGAAUAGGUUGAUAGAGCUAGCUGCCAGAUGACUCUUCAUGCAGUAGGGUUUUUAUAUUACUGCCACACAGUUUUGGAGCUGGAGAUAUCAAGACCGUGGUAGCUCUGCUGAUUAGCUGUCUGUAUACAAAUGACAUAAGUUGACUUGUAAUCCGAGUACCUGGCAACCACAAUUAAUUUCUUAAGGAUUCGCUCACAAUAUUUUUCAAUGAUUUUUGCCGCAUAAAUGUAAUAUUCAUUGGUGUGAGUCACUACAAGGAGGACCGAAGGAUAUAUUCUUAAAUAUUUUUUGCCAAAUAAAUGUAAUAUUCAUCCAUAUGGGAAUGGCUGAAUCGUUGAUCAA